UCAGACUAGGUCUACAAACACCCAGCCACGAUAAUCGUGACUUUAGUAUUUCCUUUUGUUUCAUCCGUCCAAUCAAACCGCGGAAUGGCAUUAACGUCAUGAAUUAUAUUUUUGAGUGGGUGGGAGGAAGAGAUUUGAACUUUUCGUGUGUGCAGCAGCAGCCAGCAUGCAGACAGCAGCAACAGCUGACAGAGAGACACGGCACGGAGCGGAGAAAGUGUCCAGAUCCAGUCAGCACAGAUCACACCAUGUCUUUCAUUCUCAUGAAGAAAAAGAAAUUUAAGUUCAAAGUAGACUUCGAUCUGGAGGAAUUGUCCUCGGUUCCCUUUGUAAACGGAGUUUUAUUUUGUAAAGUGAGGCUCUUAGAUGGAGGCUUUACUGAAGAGUCGUCUCGAGAAUCCGUCCAAGCCAACUGUGUCCGCUGGAAGAAGAAAUUCUCUUUCAUGUGUAAGAUGAGCGCCAGUGCUGGGACAGGUGUGCUGGACCCCUGUGUGUGCCGAGUCUCUGUACGAAAGGAACUAAAGGGUGGAAAAUCAUUCGCAAAGCUGGGCUUUGCUGACUUGAACCUGUCAGAGUUUGCUGGGUCUGGCAGCACCAUAAGACGAUGUCUACUGGAAGGAUAUGACACAAAGAACACCAGACAGGACAACUCAAUUCUCAAGGUUGUCAUCACCACACAGCUUAUGUCUGGAGACCCCUGUUUUAAAACUCCUCCAUCUACAGCCAUGACUCUGGGAAUCCAACAAGUUGAAGCAGAGUGUCUCCUUGAGGACAGAAAAGGAGGGGACAUGCACACAUCCCACUUAGUUACUAAGACUCCAGGAAAGUCGGUGUCUGUCCCUGAAAACCUGAUCGCGUAUGGUCACUCCAGAACACCUAGCCAUGCAAGUCAGCAGUCCAAAAUUUCCGGUUACAGUUCAAACCACUCCAGUCUAACGGAUCUGAGCCAUCGGCGGAGUGGGUCAGGAGGUUCUGCCUCUACAGGCAUCGGCAGCAUCAUGGAAACCACUGAUCAGCAGGGGGACCGAACAGAGAAGGAGGGCAGGACCUCUCCCCCAAUCUCUGCAAACAAUCAUCACUCUUCCCAUCACGCAUCUGAAAACUUCUCCACCCCUUCCAAAGUUAUAAGACACCCAGUAAAGCAGAACUCAGUGGAAAAUCAGUUGAAGAGAGUAGACGCCACCAGGGUGGAUGCUGAUGACAUAAUAGAGAAAAUCCUGCAGAGCCAGGACUUCAGCCAUGGCUUCUUGGACUCCAGUGCUGAGGAGGAGGGGCUCAGCUUGUUUGUUGGUCCUGGAGGGAGUACAGCCUUGGGGAGCCAGCAUACAAGGGUCGCAACUGGAGCCUACGAGCAGGUGGUGAUCAAGCGCUAGGCCACGGAGAGCGUGUGUCUAUCCCAAAGGGCGCUGUACUACUCUGAUGCUACACGACUGAGCAGUGGCUGUGCUGUCAGAACUUGCUUCUGGAGAUUUAAUUUCUCUAAGGCAGUCCCUCCCAAGCUGCCCCGCAGCAUUCGUCGGCUGGGACAGCCCUCUAGUGUUCAACAAGUGGAUCUGAAGGUCACAUUAUUGAAACAUUUUGUUGACUGGUGUACUGACAUUUCUGAUGGUUUUAUUUGUGCCUUGUGAAAAUAGUAAGAUGUGGAAUUCAUACUGCUAGUCUUCCGUUCAACCCUCCGGGUGACAUUUUAGCUGCCAGGGUUCCCCCUGCCAUUACUGCAGAAAGGGCUCGCUAUAUAUAACUCAUUGCACUAUAAGCAGCAAGCUAAUAUGUCUGUACAGUAUGGAGCUUAUUUACUGUAACAGUUUGUUUUAGCAUUUUACUUGACAAAUGUGAGUUGAGAUAGUUUUUUUUUUUUUUUUGCUACAAUGUUUUUAAAUGUAUUUUUCUUAAAGCAUACAGUGUAAGAGGUGACUCCACAGUGUUCAGAGGGUGUUGUCCUGUAUACAUAUAUAUACAAAAAAAGAAUGAAUUCUGUGAGCAGGACUUCUAGAGAAUCCUAGAUUAUCACACCUGUGGCUGUAGAGGAAGAGGCAUGUCUGAUAUAUUUAAAGAAAAAACAAACAAACUGACAGCAGGAAAUGUAUGUGGUUACAGUGCCAGUACAUUUAAAUAGCUAAAACCUCACAUAUAAGCACCUCUGCUCACCUGGUCGUGAAGGAGGCUGAGUGAAAUAUAAGUUUAUACAUGUACUUGUUUCAGUAUGAUGCCUGCUGUUUGUAUGGGUGCGGGUGCAUGUGGGGGUGUAAAGUAAUGAAUUGAUUUUUACUGCAGAUUUUGUAAAAUUGAAUGUUUGAGAAGUUUUAGAAUAUUAAAAAAUGUUUAAUAGUUGCACCAUAUCUGCGCAGGUUCGUUACAACUGUUUGUUUUUGCAGUUAAACAUUUGAAUGUGCCCAUAAACAUUUAUUUGGGAAGACAAACAUUCCCCGUGCGGCCGCGCACCACAGCUUGGAUGUGCGUAUCGAUCCAGAAAUAUCGAUAUUUCCGAUCUAGACCUGUGUUUUUUAAAAUCGUUCUUCGCGUGAAAAUAUCGAUACCAGGUCCGCUUUCACAGGGAAUAUUAAUACUUUUAUGAAAUCAAAUCUGUAACCAGUUCCAAAAAAGUAAAUGCUUGAGAGAGAGGGGGCGCAGGGAAAUGCCCCCCACACAAAACUGACCUCUAUGAUGGAAGCCCUUAAACUCAGAGAGGCCGGCAACAUCCAGAUGUAUAGAGAAAACAGAUGACCAUGACUAACAUGACACAAGUAGAGAUCACGCCAUCAUGAUGCUGUUUUCCUUGUCGGCCAUUUUGCCUGAGAUUGUGUAAUCUUAAAUGGGAAAAAUGAUAGAGAAUAUCCUGUUCUUAAAGCCUAGUGACGCCCCUAUUGAUGUAUGAGAAACUGUCAUUAGUUUAAUUUUUGUUUGAGAGAGAUGUUUUUUUUAAAUAUAUGAUUUGCUCACAUUUUCAUUUGACUUAAUGAUUUGCACAGAUUGUCUUCAUUUUUUCUGAUUAAAGAGAAGUUUGAUAUGUGGUAGCUUUUUUUUUCUAUAGUCGUACUGACGGGGAACGUGGAGUCUUCGGCAGCGGGAUCGAUGGAUUGUGUGCGAUGGAUGGGACCCAGAGGGAGUGUGUCGUGAGAAGUGCUUUGGAGACCCAGUUCAUGGGACCACAGUACGUCUGUGCCCGACUCCACAGGCAGACACACUCCGUUUGAAUUUACAUCCGUCCCUCAGCCGAUAAGGAAACGAGAAACGCCAUGACGACACGAUUCACAACACUGUUGCUAUGCAACUGGCCAAACAUCCACAUCACCU